AUGGACUCUACACAGGAGGCCGCCUUUAAGACUAGAAAACGUUAUAAGCUAUCAUUUGUUUGCCAGUUAUGCAGGAAAAGUAAGACAAAAUGCGAUCGGAAGAAACCUGUAUGUGGGAGGUGUGAUAGGUUAAACAAACCUUGUGUUUACGACUUAGAGUAUCAGACUUUGCCCAGGAAGCCUAAUAAAGAUGCAACAUUAGCUCGUUUACAGAAAGAACUCGAAUAUUGGAAAUAUUUUGCGAAAGCGAAACUAAUGGAGAAGAAGCAAGGAACAACAGCCAAUAAUCAUGAAAACCCUGUGGAUAUUGAAAGAAGGGGUAAUAAAAUUGCAAAGGAUCAUAUAAUAAACUUAGCAAAUUUUCACCCUCAGCUUUUUUAUCAGGAUUCACGUUUCAAUGAGCUUAAAGUGUUCACCAAUAUGGCACAAAUCAAACAUGACUGCUUCUUAGCAACCCUGUUGGGAACAUUUGUUGCAUCCACGCCUAAAGAAGAGCUUCUUCGAAAUGUUUCUCCAUAUUUGACAUUCAAUCUGGAUAACGACAAUCCAAAAUAUAUUGAUAGAGUACUGCAUUUACGACAAAGUCUAUUAAUGAGGUUCACUACAGAAACACAAUGUAACCGUAUCCAAGAUUUCACAGAUAGACUUUUAACUGGAAGAGAAGUGUUAAUUAAUUACCGGACGGCAUUUUUCGUGACCAUGUUCAGCAAUGUGUUUUUUAGAUGCAAGAUCGGAGAUUCGAAAAAACCUAAUGGCGAGUAUCCUCCUCAUCUAGAACAACUUAUUUCAGAUGCAAAUGCAUUGUUACCGAACAAAAACGCCUUAUUACUCUACAAGCGCUAUUUCUAUCUGCGACUAUAUCACAUAUAUCCAUAUUUCGAUAUAAAGCUAUUUGAAUCUGCAUUAAACGAAAUUUUGGUACAGGACCCUGAAAGGCCGAAUCGAUUAAAAUUUAGCAUGGGAACGUCAAAUUUCAGAUACAAACUUUCUAACGUUGCGCUACUUCUAUUGAUCUUGAAACUCUCUUACUAUUCUUUGCAAUCUGUUAUUGAUACCGACUACAAUGCUGAGUUUUGCAGUUCCGAUUUUCUCAAACAGAACCAAGUAUCCGAUCAGUGCAUUGUUUUUGCUGAGAUUUGCUUGGCUAAGAUGUGUGUAUUCGAUGGAACGAAUGAAGUACAGAUAUCAUGUCUACUAUUCAUUUGGGUUUUCUUUUGUGUUGGAAAUGGUGAUGUGGAUGGUGUUUUUGGUCGAGCAACUGACAUGGUGACAGAGAUGCUUUCUAAUUUGGCCAUUGACAAUGGAUUAUCAAGAGAUCCGUCUCAAUUCCAAGAGUACCAGCAGUAUCCAUCUGUGGGGUAUCGCUUGCAAAACUUUCGCCGAAAACUAAGCCUCAACGUGAUAAUAACGAGUGUCUACUCCGGGUUGUUGAUGGGGAACUUUUCUAGCAGCAUAUGGGACGAUGCUAAAAACUUUUUGCGGUUGAAUGGGGGUCGUGAUGAGUAUAUGGGGCUUGUAAGACGAUCAAUGGGAGAAGAAGUGGACCCAUUCGAGUUAAAGAUUCACAGUGUGUUAUUCAAGAACUACAAGAUGUUGGUAUUGCUCAUGGACUUUGAGAAACUUGUAAAGAAGGAUGCGGCUGGAUUGUCGUUAAGCGAAAUAGAUUUUACCACCCGUUCUGUGCUAGAUGCACUUAACCUAAACUUUUCCAUGGAUUUUGACUAUAUAGGUGGGCCAAAAUCAUUUAAUGUGGUUUUAUCGCAUAACGAGGGAAGAGGGGUUUCGGCGAAGGACGGAGGGAGAAGCAGAAACGACUGCAGCCCCAGUAGUAUUACUAGCUCCAGCUCCAGCUCCAACACAAACUCAAACUCCAGUUUCAGUUCCAAUUCCAAUCCCAACUCAAUCGUGUGCGACGUCAUUGACUCGUACCAUAACAUACAGAUGCACAUACUAGUGAGAAAUCUGAUGAUCCAUCUCUUCAAAUCCUUGUUUUUGUAUUUCGAAGAUUCGUGCGCUAUGGGAAACGUCGAGAACCUUGUUCAUUACAAACGUUAUUUGCUAGAAGCUACACGCCACACGCUGGAGCUUGCCAAACUCUCGUUGCAGAUCUUGGAAGGUGUCUUUGAUCGGGUAUUAACGGACGGGUCCAAUAUGGAGAAGUGCAAGCUGAGCAUUGAGACCAUCUUCCCCACUAUAUUAUACUCGUUAUUAGGCUUUGGGAUGCGCUUGGCGCAUGCCGAAGUCGGCAUUGCUCAGAAUAUCGACACUUUUAGCGCCAGCCGCACCAUACCCAUGAACGACGUAGACGUAGACAUAGAAAUCGACGUAUCAGCCCUUAAAAAGCGGCUUAAACUCUUGUCACAGUUGCGCAAGGACACGUUUUACGCGAUUAGGCGCCUCGCAGAUGCCAUGAGCGCAUCCUUCCAGUACAAGAACUUUUGCACCUUCAGGACUCUUCUUUUCCUUGACGCAGUAAUAAAACUCGACAUGUCCGAGGGGCUCAUGGACAUGGUCUACUAUGCUCUAGAGCCGCGGAACAACGUUUUCGGGGAUCAGCACGAAGACAUGAAACAACUUUUCACGCACACUCUAGGGCUCAACGUAGACCGUCCGCAGGAAAUGAUAACGAAACUGGAAAAUGCACAGUUCUUCUCCGUCAUUGACGAGAAGUUCUUGGAAGAAACCGCCAGCCUAAUGCGAUCUCUUGGCUUUUCGCAAAACGCUUUGCUGCAAGCUUCUCACACUCUGAUUGGUGUACAAGGUCGAUAG